AUGGACAAUAACAACAAGACAUUAUUUCAGCAAGUAGUGCUUUUGGGGUUCCAAUUGCCCCGCUUUAAAAUUCCUUUCUUCAUCUUGGUGCUUAUUUUAUACAGUGUAGCACUAUCUAGCAAUGUCACAAUUGUUGGUUUGGUUUCGUCGAGCCCCAGUCUUCAUCAUCCAAUGUUCUUCUUCCUCAGUCACCUUUCUUUGUCUGACAUCAUACUGACCAUUGAUAUUGUGCCUAUGAUGCUACACGGUAUAUGUAAUGGUGGAAUAACUAUACCAAUGUUUGCGUGCAUCACUCAGUUUCAGUUUUUUGCUAUUGCAUUAACCUCGGAAUGCCUGCUUCUUGCUGUGAUGUCCUAUGACAGGUACCUGGCUAUCUGUAGUCCAUUUCAUUAUAUAACUAUCAUGGGAACUAAAUUACAGUAUCAGCUUGUUAUUUCCUGUUGGCUUCUAAGCUUCACAAUAUCCUUUGUUACCGUACUUUUUAUCAGCAAAUUGGAAUUCUGUGGUUCAAAUAUAAUUAAUCAUUUCUUCUGCGACUUUGUUCCCCUCUUACGACUUUCUUGCUCAGACACAUCUAUUGUAGAAAUAGAAAACCUUGCACUGGCUACUCCUACAACUCUAUUCCCAGUCCUAUUCAUUACAGCAACUUACAUCUGCAUAUUUGUCACGAUAUUUAGAAUUCCAUCCAUUACAGGGAGACAGAAAGCUUUCUCAACAUGUAGCUCCCAUUUAUCUGUUGUAGGCAUUUUUUUCGGGACUCUAGUUACACUUUAUGUAGUUCCUUCCAAUGGGCAUUCGUUAAGUGCAAAUAAGGUUCUUUCCCUUCUCUAUACUCUAGUGACUCCAUUGUUUAAUCCCUUAAUAUACUGUUUACGUAACCAGGAGAUUAGGGCUGCCUUUCAAAGAUACUGGCAGUUGAAGUGUCUAAACAAGUUUAUUGGAAAACUGUGA